AUGUCGAAAAAGGUUAACGGGAAAAAUGUCAAAGAAGUCGAUGAUAUUCUCCGCAUAUUGUGUUCUGUCAGCUCUCCAGAUAUACCUUUGUUGCGGAAACUAUCAGUAUUGUUAAAGAAACACCCUCAAGCGUUCUCGAACCAAACCGGGAAAAUCGAAUCUUCGCUGCUCAGUUUAGUCGGUGUGAGAAAGUCGUCCUGUGAUCUUCAGAAAUCUAUUCACACGCACUAUUCUCAUCACGAUUCGUCACAAAACAAGGCCCUGCCUUUGGCCGCGGAAUGCUUCUCUUUGCUUCCCUCAUUAACAAAUCCACCGUAUCGGACUGACCGUUUUCUUGAUUUUCAGCUUAAGGUACUCUAUGCCCUUUCUGAAUCUUAUGCUACUGUGCUCCAACUUCUAAAAUUUUCUCAUAUUAGCCUAUCGUCUCUACGCGAUCACUUAUCUUCCAAGUGUAAACCUUUCAUUUCCCUAGGCUUACUCAAGCAAGAUGAGAUGCCUUCCCCGGAAUAUCUUCAACUCGUCCUUGCACGUAUAGAUUUCUUCACAGCUGUUCUUCGUUAUAUUUUUGAACCGAAAAUUGCUAUUGAAUGUGCUCUGUUCUUACCCAUGAUCACUGCUUUGUUCACUGCUAUUCUGAGUGUCGAGCUCACCUCACACGGGAAGACGACUUCUGCCCUCCUAUUACGCUCGAGCAGUUUGCUACACUGCUUGGCUUCUAUCUGCCAAUCCGUGGGGCUGAAGAUGAUCCCAGCCACCGUGUCAUUGCUGACUCUGAUGGUGUACCAGCUAGAGUGGACUGCAGCUUGGCGUGAACAAUCAAAAGUGACCGGGGGUUUGACUAAACAUCGUCUGGCCACAUACCGAUGUUUGCGGACUUUGGUUUCAGGGAUGAUAGAAUUAUCUUCAAGCCGAUUAGUAGCUCUGCUUCCCAGAAUUUUAGAUCAACUUGUGCAGGAUUUAGUUUACUGUUGUGGAGAUGAGUCCGGUUUCAUGUCUUCAGAAUCUGAUAGUUUUGAGUUCCGUGCCGCUUCUUGUGGACCUGAUUCAAAACAAGCAACUGCGUAUGGAUCAGUGAAUUGUCACAUGUUGUUGGCAGUGUUGGACGUGAUCACUCAUGUAUUUGAAUCAUCGGAACGAUUCAACUCUCCCGGCGAAUCCUUGCUACUGGGAUUGAGCCGGCUUCAGUUAUGCCUAAUACAUAUAAUGCGGCAUUUGACAUCAAGUUUCCUCAGCGGUCCUCAUUAUAAACAAAUGGAUUCAGCCCAUAAUGUUAUCACUCACCCGUCAGUUUUAACUGCUCUGCUAAAGGCCAGUCGCCACUUAUGCUCCGUUUCCAGUUCUCCCCAUUUGCACACUGUUUUUGAAACAUUUGCCAAUACAUUGAAAACCCAUUAUGAUCCACAGGUACGUGUCACGGCAUACGAACAGGGAAUGCUGUUGAAUACAUCCAAGUGCUCCACACAGCUAGUUUCUAUUUCAGAAGCACCGAAACCCGUCACGGAACCACUUAUAGUCAAGGAAGUAAUAAUGCCAUUGUAUGACUCCAAUAACAUUCCAAUGGAGAUGCCUAAAGAAUGCAAUACUGAAAAAGAAAUGUGCUCAUCCGAAAAAUCUCCAAAACGCCGUCGAAUGGAAUUUACGGAAGCUACUUCGGAUACAGUACAAGAGGUUGCUGUUACAACUAGUGCCAUUCAGUCUACCAUUGAUGCAUGCCUGUCCUCCUUUGAUCCAACAUUUGUUUGA